GAGUCCCCAGCUGCUGAAACAGAGUCCCCAGCUGCUGAAACAGAGUCCCCAGCUGCUGAAACAGAGUCCCCAGCUGCUGAAACAGAGUCCCCAGCUGCUGAAACAGAGUCCCCAGCUGCUGAGCCAUCACCAGUUGCAUCUCAAGAAACCGAUGAGCUUGCUGAUGUAAAAUCAAACAUUGCAGAUGAGUCAGAAAGCACAGAGGUAAAAAUGGACACUUCAGAUGUUGAAACUUCUGAGACGCUGGCUCUAAAGGAGGAUGAAGCUAUUGCAGAUGAAAUUCCUUCAAAAGAAGAAGCUGAAAAUACUGAAAUAUUUCCUGAAAUGCAGUCGGAUGAGAAACCAGCAGUACCACCUGAAGAGGCUGCUGUGUGUGAAAACGAAGAGCCCACAGGAAGCACAGAGGAAAACACAGCGGCUGGUGUUCCUAACACCAGUGAACAAUUUACUGAAACUCCUGGUGAACAAGAACAACCAGAGCCAGAUGAUGCCGUCACAAGGGAAAACCUCGAGGCAGAGGAGGCGGUGGGUGAGGAGGAUGGGACCAAGACGGACAUAAUUAACAGUGAAGCUGAGAGUAAGCCAGUGGAGGAAGGAAAUGUCUCAGCAGAGAAAAGCGAUCCACACACUAUGGAAACCAGUGUCCCAGACAGGACUGAGGAGGCCAGAGAAUCUGAGCCGGAGUCUAAGCUAGUCAAACAAAUCAGUAAUGUCUCCAGCGCAGAUAGCCAAGAUGAUGAAAAAGGCUCAGAUCUGUCAGAAAAGGAGGAGAAAACAGAGGGAAGAGGAAGGCGGAAACGAAAGCUGUCCAAUCAGAAAGCUGCAGCAGUGAAAGAGUCUGGUGAGGAGGCGAAUGAGAAAGAAAGUAAAGAGCAGCUGCCUGCUGAGGACGCUGAGCAGGAGAAGCCAGUGGAGGUAAAAACCCCUCGCAGGGGACGAUCGUCCAAACCCACAGAGGAGGCGACGAAAGACGAACCAACACAAGUGGAGAAGUUGGAGGAGACUCCGAGCCGCAGGCGGAGACGAUCAGCACCCAAAGAAGCCGCAGCUGAUAAGCAGAAGGAAGACGAAAAUAAAGUCGUUGAAAGUCCCGAACAAACCUCAUCGGAGAAAGCAGCAGAGACUGAAGCGGUGGAAGAGAGAACUGAAGAGAAAAAUGAACCAAUCAAAAGUGAGGUCAGUCUGCUGCCGUCUGUUCCAGAGGAUGGCGAAGGAGCAGCAAGCGCCGAAUGCAGCGAUCCUGCUGACACCAGUGAACAAACAGUGGAGACCAAAGAAUCAGAGGAAAUGGAGGUGUGUGAAUGUGUGGAGGAAGCUCGAGCUCCGGAGGAGGUGGUGCAGGACAACAGUGGACAGGAACAAAGCGAGCAGCAGCCUGAUAAAGACAGUGGCCGUUCCCCGUCUGCGAGUCAGUCAGAGGCUCAUGAGGAUGUAAAAGAGCAGAGCUGCAGUGAGAAGAAGACACAAGACGGCGGGGAAGAGCAACAGCAAGAGGACCAAGAGACGACUCCAAAGAGGACUGGUCGGAGGGGACGGCCAUCAAAGGCAGCAGCUACAGAGGAUUCAGAUAAAAAGGUCAAAAAAGCAGAGGAGAAGGAAAGUGAGCAGAAUGAUGAGGAAGAGGAGGAAGACGAAGGUGAGAAAGAAGGAGAGGAAGAAAAAGAAACUGCAACUAGAGCCACAACACGGUUGGCUUCUCGCCGGGAGGCUGAAAGAAACAAGCCAAGUAAACCAUCCACCCGGGCAAGCAGACAGAACGGUAAAGAGGAGACCGCAGCUGGCACACGCGGGACGAGGGGCCAGGCGGCGGCGGCGGCAGCUGCGGCGAAAGGGGGCCGCAAGCGGGAGACCAGCCCUCCUGCUGUGCGAACGCGGGGAGGACAGAAAUCAGAGGAGCCCCCUUCCAAAAGAGCCAAACGCUAGGAUGCCUGAGAGCGGCACAACGGUUUACCCCAGCGGUGUUGUUUUUACACUCCAUAUUUGAAGAGCCUCUGCAGUCAGGCACGUAAAGCUGUUUCUGCUUCACUGGCUGCAGAUAUCGAAGAGCUCUGGAUAGUAUUAUACACUCUCCUCUGAUGGUUGAGUGUAAACCUGAGGAUCUGUGUAAGAAUCCCCCAGAAUACCUUCUGCAGCUCUGCACACAUAUGGUUUGGAUCAGACUUCAUAUUUCACCAUUUAUUCAGUAAUGCCCAGUGAGUAUUUCAGCCCAAUCAGAAGCCUAAUGUGCAGCCAAGUUGUGCUUUGUGAUAAAGAGGGUGAAGUCUGCAGAGGCCAGAUUGUGUUUCAUAUACACACUUGUACGUAGAAAUCAGCAAUUUGUGAAUUUUAUAAGUACAUUUUCAUUCUGUGAAUGAAACAAGAUGUUUUCCUCCUAGCUUUAUUUUUUUUAUGUAAUAGUCAGAAGUUAAAGAAAUGAUUUUUGUUUUUUUGUUUUUUUUAUUCCACAUUUUAAAUUGAUUUAAGACCUCAAAGACGGGGCAAAACUUGAAGAGUCUUUCAUUACAUAGUUUACUCCUGGUUUUUACUCACUAAAUGAAGACCAUCUAGUUAUUUUUAUUGUUACACAGUUAGCCAUCAGUAUGUAUUAAUGUAAAGCCAGAAUUUCAACAUUUUUAAAAAAAAAUGUAUAUUAAAAAACUCACAAAUAACAUAUUUGUUGUUCCCUUGCUACAUUAAAAGCACCACAAAUCAAUAUUAUAUGAUCU